UUGUGGGAGACAGGCUAUUAAAGACAAGCGACGAGCAAACAUGGCGUCCAAAUCAAAAGGUCUGUUAGAGAGGUUCAGAGACGGGGAGGUGGUUAUAUGUGCGGAGGGAUAUCUGUUUGAGUUCGAGCGACGCGGCUACCUGCAAGCCGGCACGUACGUACCGGAAGUCGUCAUCGAGCACCCGGAACUGGUGGAGGCUCUGCAUAGGGAGUUUGUGCACGCCGGUAGCGAUGUGGUGCUGGCCUUCACGUUCUACUUGCACCGUGAGAAGCUGCGGCUGAUCGGUCGGGAGGCGGACCUGGAGCGGCUGAACCGGGCGGCGCUGCGGCUGGCCAGGCAGGUGGCGGACGACACCGGCACCCUCAUGGCGGGAAACAUCUGCAGCACCAACAUCUACGACCCGACGGAUCCGGCCUGGGAGCCGGCCGCGCGCGCCAUGUUCAAGGAACAGAUCGAGUGGGCCGUGGAGGGCGGAGCGGACUUCAUCUACGCCGAGACGUUCUUCGCCUACGCCGAGGCCCGGCUCGCUUUGGACUGCGUCAAACAGUACGGCAACGGUUUGCCGGCUGUUGUCAGCAUCAGUAAGCACCGCGGAGACCUGCUGUUUGACGGGGUUCCGCUAGAGGACGCGCUGGAGCGGCUGGCGGAGGCCGGUGCGGCGGCCGUCGGACUGAACUGCGGGCGCGGCCCGUCCACCAUGCUGCCGCUGCUCCAGGGACUCAAGGACAAGAUCAAGGUGCCGCUGGUGGCCGUGCCCGUCCCGUACCGCACCCAUCAGGACAGCCCGCACUUCAUGACGCUCAAAGACCCGGACGGUAAUCUGGCGUUCCCGUUGGACCUAGACCCGUGGCUGUGCAGCCGGUCUCAGAUCGCCGCCUGGAGCGCCCGGGCGUACGCCCUCGGGGUCCGGUACCUCGGGCUGUGCUGCGGGAACGCCUCGCACUUCACCCGCGCCAUGGCUGAGGCGCUGGGCCGCCAGCCGCCCGCCAGCCGCUACACGGCCGACAUGACCAAACACGCAUACUACGGGACAGACCCCGCGCUAAUCAAGUUUAACACGGAACAAGUCCGUAAAACCAAGUUCUGAUGUACCGACCCGACUCUCGUCAAGUUUAACAUCCUCUGACCGAGUUUGACGGCCUGAGACCCGCUACUUUUGAUGACUGAUGACUGGUUUAUUGAUAAAAACAUUUUGCAGCCCGGAGGCUGAAUUGCAUGUUUCAUUACAUUCCUUGCCCACCGUAAGAAGUUUUAAAAAAUCAUUCCAGCUAAUUUGUGAAUAAAAUGGAAAUGCAACUUCUACAUACAUACAUGACAAAAAAAAAUUAAUAUUUACAUUUAUAAAUCGUUAAGGAGUUUCACAAUGUAGGGCAAGGGGCUCUUGGAGUAACGCCUCGUACGUGCUACAAUACCGUCAAAUUUGUUUGUUUGCCUUGUUGACCUGCCUGUUACUUCGCCUCUUGUUUGAGGAAGCCAGUGAUGAAAGAGAGUUGAUUUUUUUUUCUGAACUCUCGGCACAAGUUGUUGUGGAGGCUGUGUAACCUCAGUACUUUACAUGACUGUUCGUACGAGAGGUAUAAUCAUAUUUUUCGAGAUAACCCCGUACUUCCCGUCUUGCUACAAGUCAGGCGGGGAGCUUGGGCCGCUAUAGUG